ACUGUGUCUCCCAUUUGAUGUCGGUUUAGUUGGUUUCCACGCACCUACCUCCAUCAUUUCUCCUUUCGUACCAGUUAGAGAUUUUUGCUCAUGAGCGUCGUUGGUGCUUUGUACGAGGGGAUAUUUGCUAAGAUAAAUAUACACAUGCGGAAACUGCUCCAACGUCGUUCAUUUCGUCUCUACCUGUUCUCUUUGUUUCUACCACCGGCUUUAGACUCUUGUGACUUUGUAUUUUGUACUCCCACCGCUAAGCUACUCCGACUUGUGUCGUAGCUUCUCCUCACCCAUGUUGCUGACGCUACGACAUUUACGACACCUAGUAGCUCUGCAUGCCGUUGUAGACCGUCCUCGUGCGUGUUAUACUCAGACCUUGCGAUCUUCCCCGGACUUCGAUCGGUGUUAUCCCCGUCUCGGAGCCCGCUCUACGCACGUUGACUUCCAAAAAGUGUUUCUCGGUUGUGCAGACUGUGUCUCCCAUUUGAUGUCGGUUUAGUUGGUUUCCACGCACCUACCUACAUCAUUUCUCCUUUCGUACCAGUUAGAGACUUUUGCUCAUGAGCGUCGUUGGUGCUUUGUACGAGGGGAUAUUUAUCGUACUCGUAGUAAUUGCAGUCAUGCAUGACAAAUCUGGUCCCUUAGCUCAUUCAGCAUUACAAAUUCCAUUUUUCCUUCUGAAUAAAUCUGUAAUGCUAUUUCUACUAGUACGAUACUACUAGUACGAUACUUUUGCAAUGCAUAACGGAAUCACAGACGCGGAAACGGCGGGGGGAGAUGCGUAUUGACUUCUGUUUUCUAACUACUUGUUUCUUUUGCGACACAAGUUUGAUAAUUUCUUUUUUGUAACUACCAGUCAGUAUCUGCUGUCGAAGUCGAUUUCAUUUGUUUCUGUCUGCAAUUGCACGGAACAAGCUCCUUGUUUCCGUAUCCGCAAGGUAGAGUGUCAGGAUGAAAAGCCCGCCCUAGAAGAUGAAAUUGAAUUUGAGACAACACAGCAAUAAUCGGUCUGUCCUUGAGUUGUAAGUGCCUCCUCCUCAGAUCCUCUCGGUUUGUGGAAACGCAUGAAGACAGGAUUUGGAUUUUACUAUCGGUGUGAAGAUUUCGUCCAUUAUUUCGGUUCAUUUCGUCCAUCGAUAGCUCCUGCUUGACUAAGCCUGUGUUAAGGACUGAAAUAAAACCUUCUGACAAGAAGUCUCGUUCAGACCACAUCGUCCCUCGUACAGCAUUUAUUUGCGGAUCCUCGUACGAAAACGGAUUCUUUUUCCGCGGCGCCUAUGCCUCAUCAAACUGUCAGUCGAACAGUAGUGCAACAUGUCGCUUUCUCUACUUUUCCUUGAACAUCAGGACCUCAACUUGGUUUCAUUCCCAUUGUUCUGCGCUAUCAGUACAUUAUUUCCCCAAGAAGCACUUGGUUCUCACAGUUGUACAGUAGCCCCAUAAUUUUGAUUCGUAAAAAAACUCCACCACAUCCACAGUCUGACCAUGCCGCCCGGCAACGUGAAUUCCGACGAUUUGGAGAAGCUGAACAUCAGCGACGCCAAGAAGAAAUACGUCCGCGAUACGCUGAACCCCCUUCUCGAAGACAUGGUGAUGGACGCUUUGUUCUGCGCCAAACUCGACCAAGAUCCGACAAAUUACCUCCUGGCCUGGUGCAAUUUGCGAAAGAACACGGUCUCCACACAGUACGACUUGUUGCUGGAUGAAAACAAGCAGCUAAACGAGAAGAUCAACCAAUGCGGGCGGGCGUUAGGGUCUUUGGAAAAGGCCGCGGUCGAGAAAAGGAUUCAGAUGGAGGAGGAAGCGUUAGCGAAACAGGAACAGGAAGAAGCCGCGGCGUUGGCGAAGCCGGUCGAGGGGGAGGGGGAAGCGGCGGGACAAGAUGGGAUAAAUCCCGAAUCUGGCGAGAUGACGGGACUGGAAACGGACGACGAGUUGCUUCUAGACGACGCGGAUUUGGUCGCACCGAAUAGAAAUGCGGAAAAACGACGAGCGGUGGCGUCGUCGCCCAGAAGUAGGGGACUGUCGCCCGGGCCGGUCAUGGAGGGUGAGGAAGUUGUGCCCGUAUUCGCGAAAAGCGAUAGCCAAAGGAAGAGGUUGCGGAAUACGCUGGUACAAAUAUACUUAGAACUACUACGGAUAAUUGAUAGAUUGUAGGCUGAUUUCUGGUUUCUUUUUGAGCUUGAUGUAGUCAACAUGGUACUAGUAUCCGACCACGCUUUACAGCUGCUAGAUUAGCAAUAACUUAAUAUACAGGAAUCGAAGUUUUUGCUUUUUCCCUGUGAUGAUCAUCUUCGGGAUCCGGUCGUGGAUAAAUAUCUUCAUCUUGUUCUAUCAGGUAAGGUCCGUCCUGUUCGAGAAGCUUUCGGAGGAAUCUUUGCAGAAACUCAUCGACGCGAUGGAGGAAGUUCCACUAGAACCCGGGGAUGUCUUGUACAAAAAGUCCGCCAACGCAGACUACCUUUCCAUUCUCGAUCACGGCGAAGUUCACUUACGAGACGAUGAUCUCGCGGAUCCAAAUGAGCAGUUGGUGAAAAUUGUGACGCCAAAACCUUUGAACAAAAACGACAACAACAUCAUCGACGAGAUGGCGGUCUUGCACCAGAAAAACCGGGAUUUCACCGUCGUUUGCACGAAAGAAUCGACGAUUAUUUGGAACUUGACCCGGAAAAAUUACAACGCCGUGUUGCAAACCACGAAUAAAAGCAAACGCGACAUGAUUUUGGAGUUUCUGAACAAAGUCCCACUCUUCCAGAGGAUCGAGCAGACGAAGAAGUCGCAAAUCGUAGACGGGAUCGUGGAACGGGAGGUGAAGGCAAACCAGAUUAUCAACUGCAAAAAUGUCUGGGUCUGGAAGAAUGCAGGAGUUUGUCAUGCAGAUUUUGCAUCACCCAUGAGGUCUGUGAUGCAUGCCCUAGCAUCAGAGAUUCUGCGAGGGCUUUCUGAUGCUCAUUUCGCAUGAGAAAUGCCCUUCCACGUAGCACAAAUUGCACCUCUUUUGCUGUUCAUGCAGUACAGAUUUUAUGUAGAAUCCAAAGGUAGCAUCACAAGUUCCUGCAUCUUUCCAGACCCAGAUGACCUAUUUGCAUUUGAUACAAAUUAUCAUCAAACAAGACGCGGUCGGCUCGGAGUUUUUCAUUCUGGAAAAGGGGAGUUGCGUGGCGUUGAAAAAGGAAGGGGAAGAGGGGGAGGAAAAACAGGUGUUGGAGUACACGAAACCGGGUGAUUUCUUUGGAGAAUUAGCUUUACUGGAAGACCAGAAGCGGCAGUGCACGAUCAAAGCGGUGACGGACUGCAAAUUGCUGGUGUUGAACCGGGACGCAUUUAACCGCUUGACCGGUGGCCCGGGCGCCUUGCACGAGCUCGCGGAGAAAAAAACCGCAUAUCAGCUGAUCGUGUAGAAGAUUGGCGGAUAGAAGGUCGUUUUGCUGCAGGGUCUGGAAGGGAAGUGGAGGGUGGAACGCGUUGCAUUUCAAAUAAUAGAGCCAUGACUUUGCAGCUGUAAUUGCUGGUCAGGCUCCUCCUGCUACGUCUACGUGUUGCACACCUGUGUAUGUGUUUUUGCACCUAAAAGUAAUGCGCUGCUAAAUGGAACUGUAAAUGCUUGUUUCUACUACUUCCUGUAAUGAUCCUCCCAAAAAAAUGUACCAAUAGCCCCGGUGGAGACUACUCUUCUGUACAAUAAUGCUUUUGUACUGUACAAUACGUGAUACAUCAACCACCAUGUCGAAGAACUGCGUUUCUGCAGCCACGUUGUUUCUGUUGUACUCAUCAUCUCUCAUCUCUCUCUUUUAUCAUUUUCAACUACAGGCAGAACUCUCUAUCCUUGUUUCCAACCAACGGGUGAUAACGAUAGGGAUUUCGCACAGAUGAAGACCAUCUGCGUCUCAUCUCAUCAUCUCUCUUUAGGUUUACUGUCUACUGUGUCUCAUCAUCUCUCAAGAAGCUCGCAAAGUGAAACGUCUCUCAUCUCUCUCAUUCAAGAUUUCCUCACCAAGGAACAACUUUUCGAAGAAAGCGAAAUUCCUUGAGAAACAACACAAAGAGGAAGGAACAGCCUCGAACGAAAAUUGGCGGCAGCUCUGCUGUUUUGGAAUGCAAGUAGCAAUGUGUUAAGGUAUAGUCCAUGAAAGACAGGAGACGUAGGCCUUUAGUCUUGUGAAACACUGUUGAGCAGGAGGUGAGAGACAGAGAUUUCCGAGUCUGUGCGUGUGAAAGAACGCGCGCAUUUUUUGAGUAAGUAGUUGAUGAGCGA